UGACGUUUCGCUGCUGAGAGGAAGUCAUCGCUCAACAAAUAUCCAACUGGCGCUUUUAGUGAGUUUUCCUGUGAAAUACGAGUCAAAACUCGAAGCUAACCGAAACAAAACAACGACAGAAAUCCACCGAAACAUCAAAGAUGACGGAGGAAAAUAUUUUCUUCUUCGUUCCCAAUUUGAUCGGUUACGCCCGCAUCGUGUUGGCUCUGAUCUCUUUCUACCUGAUGCCCUGCUGCCCCUGGCCCGCCGCCUUCUGCUACAUGCUCAGCGGUCUGCUGGACGCCUUCGACGGCCACGCUGCCCGUGCGCUCAAUCAGUCCACUAAGUUCGGAGCCAUGUUGGACAUGUUGACGGACCGCUGUGCCACCAUGUGUCUCCUGGUGAACCUGUCCCUGCUCUACCCGUCCUACACCUUCCUCUUCCAGAUCAGCAUGUGUGUGGACAUCGCCAGCCACUGGCUGCACCUGCACAGCUCAACAAUAAAAGGAUCGACCAGCCACAAGACCAUCGACCUGUCAGGGAACCCGGUCCUCAGGCUCUACUACACAUCCAAGCCCGUUCUGUUUGUGAUGUGCUCGGGGAACGAACUGUUCUACUGUCUGCUCUACCUGCUGCACCACAUAGAGGAACCUGCAGGGUGGCUCUACUGGCUGCAGGGUGUGUGUGCUGUCAUCUCCAUGCUGAAGACCGGCAUCAGCAUGGUGCACCUGGUCACCGCCUCCCAGAACAUGGCCGCCAUGGAUGCCGCCGAGCGAGAGAGGAACGCCAAGACGCAGUGAGAGAGAGAGAGAGAGAGACACUGUUUAUUCAUUCUGUAUCGUUUUAAGUUUGUGCACUUAAAUAAGACGUGGAACAGUUUGUCGUUUUGUGACCAAAUCUGAAAAUAUUACGGUUAUUUCUACUUUUUCAGCUUCUGAAGCUGAUUUUACAGAUUUAUUUCUGAAGUUUGAACAGCUGAUGGGACGAUAAAACCACUGAGAGUUACACACACACACACACACACACACACACACAGACACACACACAGACAGACAGACAGACAGACAAAAAUACAAUAUCACACACACACACACACACACACACACACUCACAGACAGACGGACAGACACACACACACACACACACACAGACAGACAGACAGACAGACAGACAGACGGACAGACACACACACACACACACACACAGACAGACAAAUAUACAAUCAGCCACAUACAGACAGACACACAGUCACACACAUACACAAUCACACAUGCAUACGACACAGACGCAGACACACACACACACACACACACACACACAGAUGCAGACACUCACACAUUCUCUCUCACAUACACACUGACACACACUUACACACACACUCACACACUCACACCGUCACACACACGUCACAGCAUCAACUAAUAUCAGGAUAUAAAUGUGAUUAAAGUGAAGAACUUUCAUUCAUUCAUUAAAACACGGAGACACUAACAGUGAGAGCAGAAACUCAACCUGAGAGCUUAAAUUCCUGCUUUUAUCGGUGGAGUCUGGAGCCUUUGAAGAGUUAACCGCUCAACAUCUCUCUGACUCCUGACAGACAGGACUCAAAAAUACACAAUUUAUCCCAAAAAACCUGUAAAAACAGAAACAAUCAUCAGAUCUUUACGCUUCUGAUGCUCGUUGAAAGAAAUGUGUGUGACGAACGCUUCCUUCGGGAAAAAUCCCCCAAAUCUGAGCUCAAAAUAGAUAAAAAAAAUAACAAAGGGGUGAAAAUGUUCUGAAUGCAACCUAAUCUUAAAGUGAUAUUUACCUUUUCUCUGCUGCAGUGAAUCCUCUUAACCUCCUUAAACACGGCAGCAGAUCGAUCGUUCUUCAUCUAUUCUCCUCAUCAUCAAGUCGUUUAUCAGUCAAAGAGGUAAAUAUUCAUAUAUCAUGAAGACAAUCAGACGAACAUGAAGCUAAAUAAUGUUUCUGAUCAAUAUCUGGAUUCUAUUCUGUGACAUCUGAGGCUUUAUUAACGCUGAAUAAAUCCUUCAAUCAUACUUUAAAGAUGAAUUAUCAACCACUAACUCAUCACGUUUCCAGUUUGUGCUGUUAGAAAUGUGAGUAAAUAGUUCAAUUCUUCCAACAAUCAAACAUCAGGUUUUAAUGUUGGAGCUCAAAGUUUGAGUUUGUCACAUAAAAUCAGACUUGAUUUGAGUUUUUGGUCCUUCAGAAUAACAUUUUAAUCCUCUUCAAACAUUUUCUUUUCUCUGUCCAGAGACGCUAGAUGUUUCAUGUUAACCCUCUGGGAUCACUUUAAUUUAACCCUUUCAAGCCCUUAAGGUUGAAAAUGUCCACUUCCAAAAAAGCGCAAUAAAAACUUCACAUAUUAAUAUUUUUUUCUACUUUUUUUCUUCGUAAACCUCUGAAACAACUUCCACCCUGCUCAAAACUACCAAAUGUUUGAACAUUUUUGGGAUUUUAACCCGUUAAAUGCCUGUUUGAUUGCACGAUGUCACUGAUGUUUUUAUGAAAAAAAACACAAAAAUCCAUAUGAUAAAUCAUUUUUGGCUGGGGUAUUGUUUUUUUUAAUCACAGCAUUGGAUAGGUCAAAGAUUAAGAAGAAAAUAGAUUUUGAUGCAUUUUUAGUUUGUGUGUAUGUCCACUUCCAAAAAUCAUGCAAUUUGCAGUAUCACAGCCAAAAUAAUUGCCAAACAAAAGUGAGAAUUGACAAAUCUGGCUGAAAAUGUCCCUAGUGGUCCCAGAGGGUUAAAGCUGAUAAACUUCAGUUUGAACUGGGAAAUAAGUGAUAAAAUGUCUAAUUUGAUUAAAAAACAAACACAAGAGUUGGAGGAUGACAUCAAAUUUCAUGUAACAGUGUAAAGAUGCUGGUUGGUUGUUUUUAUCUUUCUGUAACGUUUGUGUCACGGUGGAGCUGUUAUUUCAUAUAGUGAAUUUAUUAAGCAGAAAACAUCUUUAUCGUGAUAUUUAUUGAUAGUAAUUAGGAUAUGAAACGACCUGUGUGUGGAUGGAAGAUAUCGCCCGGCCCUAUGAAUCUUAAAUAAACCCUUUUUGACAUAUUUUCAAAUUAAAUCUGUCCAGAGCUUUUAUGUUCAAGCUGUUAAACUUUAGAUUUUGUUUCGUAUUCACUCUGAAUUUGAUGCGUUCUGUUUUUAUUCACGUUUCAGUCGGGUUGUGUGGACACUUUUUCUUGAUUGUUCCAGAAGUAAUGACAAUAAAUGAAGUUAUUGUCAUUGUAAUACCGUUUUAUUUAUAAUAUAAUGACAAAUAUAACAGCAAAACAGCACAAUUACAGCCUUUCAGAGAACAAUGAGCUCAAUAAAAUAUACAUUUAAUAAAUAAACUAAAAUCUGUGUAAACAACAAUUCCACUUGGUGACAUGAUGUAAACAUACGAGCAAAAAGUCCCAUUUAUAGAUUUCUGAAGCUGCUUUAAGGCCGUUAUUGUGACACAUAAACACGUUUUACUAAAGAUGAACUGCUUCAACAUUCAAACACAAAAAGACAAAAUCCUCCUUUUUUUCCUGAUAUAUUUUGUUUUAAUUGUUAUUUUUAUUUAUUUAUGAUGAGCUUGUCACCCUGAACUCGAAGCUUUGUUCACUUUAUCUGCAGACAACUUUAAAAAGUGAACCUUUGAAUAAAAAGCAGAUAAAUAUUCCUCCUGUAACUUCCGAGCCGCUCCGGUUUUACCCUCAUAUUCAUGCUUUAUUAUCUUAUAUUAUAUUAUAUGAUCUGAUAUUUUGGUAUUGGUUGAAUGGUGACAGUCUGAGGGAAGCUGGUCAGUUUGUGCUUUUUU